UACGUAAGAAAAAGCACGUACAGCACAGACCACGGAAGUGCACAUGAGUUUCUCACCAGUGCUAUAGCAGAGUUUUUGAAUGAGUGAUCCUCAGCCGACAAUACCUCCUUUUCUUCCCGGUAUAAUUUGAGAUUCGUCCACCUGCAAUGGAAGAUGCACGUAAAGACACGUUUUUGAUAACUGGGGGAUGUGGCUAUUUUGGUUAUCGCCUGGCAUGCUCCCUGCACAGAGAAGGAGUCAAAAUCAUUCUGUUUGACACAGUCCCUCCAAACCAAGAAGUGCCCGAGGACAUUGUGUUUGUUAAAGGAGAUAUACGUGAGUACGCACAGGUUGAGGAGGCCAUCGCUGGCGUGGACUGCGUGUUCCACAUCGCCUCCUAUGGCAUGUCUGGCAGAGAGCAGCUGAACCGGCAUCUGAUCGAGGCGGUGAAUGUCCAAGGCACAGAGAACGUCCUGAAGGCCUGCGUCGAGCACGGCGUGUCCAGGCUGGUUUACACCAGCACCUUCAACGUGGUGUUCGGAGGCCAAGUGAUAGAGAACGGGGAUGAGAGCCUCCCUUAUCUACCUCUCCAUCUCCACCCGGACCACUACUCCAGGACCAAGUCGAUGGCGGAGAUGGCGGUGCUGAAAGCCAACGGCACAGCACUGAAGGACGGCUCCGGGGUGCUGAGAUGCUGUGCGCUGCGUCCGGCGGGGAUCUACGGGCCCGGCGAGCAGAGACACCUGCCCAGGAUAGUUGGCUACAUAGAGAAGGGGAUCUUCAAGUUUGUUUAUGGUGACCCCGGCAGCCUGGUGGAGUUCGUCCAUGUGGACAACCUGGUGGCGGCACACAAGCUUGCCGCUGAGGCCCUGACCUCAGAGAAGCAGCACCGCUCUGCCGGCCAGGCCUACUUCAUCUCAGACGGAAGACCCGUGAACAAUUUUGAAUUCUUCAGACCUCUGGUAGAGGGCUUGGGCUAUCCUUUCCCCAAACUGUGCCUUCCCGUGUCUCUCAUCUACUUUGUUGCCUUUCUCACAGAAAUGAUCCACCACCUCAUCGGGCCCUUCUAUAACUUCCAGCCGCUGCUGACACGCACAGAGGUGUAUAAGACUGGCGUGACGCAUUACUUCAGCAUGGCGAAGGCUAAGGAGGAGCUCGGUUAUGAGCCCCAGGAGUACAACCUGGAUGAGGUUGUGCAGUGGUUCAGAAGCAGAGGCCAUGGGAGAAAAUCUCCCACCUCCUCCCUCAGUCGAUGGCUACUAGACAUCCUGUUUUUUUCUGCCUUUGUUGCUGUGGCUCUCUCUUUUCUUCCAUUUGUUGGCAGUUAAGGAGCAGCUGAAGCAAAAAUAGGAUUCUGGUAUUUUCCCAAAUGCAGACUUGUAAUGACAAGGUUUAUGGACACAAUUUAUAAAAAAAAAUCAGUAAGUGCUGGCAGGUGCUUUACACAUAAACACCCAUAACAUGUGAAGAUCAUACAAUCUCUGUACCGUAAAGUCUUAAUAAAUGCUACCUCUUUUUUUCGACAACAGUUCGAAACAGUAAAAACAUUAACUCUUUGGACAAGGAUUUAUAAUAAGCUAACACAAACAUUUUUUUCAGUGCUGUUUUUGUGGAAUUGUAAUGCAACAAAAUGCUGAGGAAUGUUCUGAAAACUGCAAUGAAUAAACUUUUCC